AUGGGUAAAGCGGUCCUACGGAUCCAGGAGCAGCCCCGCUGCGGGCGCGGCAAGUGUCAUCCGUCAUUUCUCCAGGCUUUCCAAAACAUCCAAAGUUUUACGUUCUUUCUGUGCAUCUUUGCCGUCAUGUCAGGGAUGUUUUCAAAGUACCUCGUCUCCCAGAUCACAACCAUCGAGAAAUACUUUGGGUUUCCUAGCCAGCGCUCGGGCAUGAUCGUCAGCGCGGAAGAAAUCGGCUACCUUAUAACCAUCGUUUUCGUUGGUCAUUUCUUGAACAAAUCACAUCGACCGCGUGUGUUGGCCGGAUGUGCCUUUACCAUUGGUGUCGCGUCCCUGCUUAUGACGAUGCCAUUCUUUAUCUAUGGGACCUCGUACAGACAAUAUGUAAGCCAAGCCGCAGACACAGUUAGCAGCAGCCAGCUUUGUCAGAGGAAUCAGACCCAGUUUGACGUAUCAACAAAGUGUAACAACACUACCGAAGAUGGAGUUGGCAAUGGCGAUGUGGCUUUUGGCAUAUUCAUCCUUGCUGCUAUUCUGUCUGGGUGUGGAUCUACUGGCCUGUAUUCUGUUGGAAUUGCCUUUCUUGAUGAUAACGCAGGGAAAAAGGAGGCAGCUUUAUACAUAGGUUUCAUGUUUUGUCUUCGGUCGAUAUCCCCAGUACUAGGUCUGCUGUUUGGCGCUGGGAUAUCUCGUAUUUCAGUGGAUCUUAAAGUUCCGAAAUUUUCAGAUGACCUGAACCCGGAUGAUUCAUCUUGGAUCGGGGCAUGGUGGAUCGGAUUCCUGGCCAUUGGAGUCACAGUAAUCCUGUCGGGCGUCCCGCUCCUGUUUUACCCUAAGCACCUACCCAAGGCAAUAGAACGAAAGGUAUCGACAGUAGCGCCGGCCCUUGCGAUACAGUCUAGUCGCAAAAAAUUAAAGAGAGCGGCGGAGGAAGGCAAGGCAUUGGCUAUGAGUUUCCCUAAAAGUGUCUGGAAGCUGCUGAGAAACAGUGUUUUUCUUGCUGUUUCAAUUGGAACUAUGGUUAACGUAGCUGGCGGCUCAGGAUACACAGCGUUUCUACCCAAAUAUUUAGAGUCACAGUUUCAUGUGGACACUUUCACUGCGAACACGGUUACCGCGAUAGUUGCCCUUUCAAGUGCCCUCGGAAUGGGCGUUAGCGGGCUGCUGACAUCACGAAUCAAGAUGAGGCUGAAUGACCUUUUCUUUCGAACUGUCAUAGUUGUGGCUGUUGCCGCAAUGUUGAUCCUAAGUUUGAUGUCAUUUGGGUGUCAAGAAGUUCAAAUCUCGGGAUAUUCUGAACUGGAAACGCGUUCUGGUGAUUCGAAUGGCUCAUUACGGUCAGCGAACCAAACAUGCGAUCAGUGCUACUGUCCCGCAGGGCCGUAUGAGCCAGUCUGUGGUUCGAAUGGUGUCACGUACUACUCGCCAUGCCACGCAGGCUGCGAAGCGGGAGAAAGAGCUAGCGAUUUCUAUGGUUGUGACUGCGUCGGGAAAAAUGCAACGUCCACGUCUGGAGCCUGCGAGUCUGAUUGCGAUAUGCUCAUCCCCUAUGCGGUGUGUCUGAUAGUCAUCAUAUUCCUCGCAACUGUGACAACCGUGCCAAUCGUCAUGGUAUCGUUAAGGAAGUUAAACGCCAUCAGCCCGUCUCUACGAACUGUAGAGGAAGUAAAAAAGAAGUGGGACGAUAUUAAAGUGCGUGCCAAGAAAAAAGCCAACGAGGAUCGGACAAGGGAUGGCAAGACCGGUAAUGUCCCGAAGAGUCCAAAGAGCGAUUUUCUGACCGAUACAGAGCGACGUGUCAUCGGGAUGCUGGUCGCUGCUCAAGUUUUCGGUAUUAACAACCGUGACGAGUAUGACACCGCCGCUUUACCGAGCUAUAAGAAAGAAUCAAAGCGUUCGCGUCAAAGUGCAACGGCAACUCGUGCUUGUGUCGAGUCCGAUGAUGCUUUCGAUGAGCUGAUGGAGGCACCGACACAGACAUUCGGCAAUUACUCCGACUUCGAUGAACCAGCUGAUAGCCAGGACGAGGAUUUUCGCGUUGCAAAGCCACCUCCAAAAAAGACUCCCCGUGUAAGCCCAACUACAAGUAACAGUACAAGUGCAGGGAAGAAAUCCGUAACCGAAAUGAUGCUGGACGUUGAAACCCGCCGGCUAUGUUGA